AUGACAACUGUUGUCUUCGCGACCCAUGAAUCUGUGUCACCCGGACGCGGAAAGCUCUCUCAUGAUGAAAUCAAAGUGCUUUUGGAAGAAGUGGAAAGUUUCAAGGAAGUGUUACUGGGACCAAUCACCCCUACGACUUCACUUACAAAGCAGAAAAGAGCAUGGGACGCUGUGGCCUAUAAAAUGUGCUUGAAGACGCGCAUCGAGAGGUCAGGGAAGGAAGUGAAGGCGAAGUUCAUGCGCAUGAAGACCGUUCCUAGUGACGGGGCGAGACGCAGCAGUGUCAUCAACUGGAUCUUCGCCCUCACCGUCGUCUUCGAAGAAUACCGGGGAGAGCUGUGGUGUGGGAGUCAAGAGGAAGCUAUUCUCCACCUCCUUUACUCUAUCGAACACGAUCGGGGAAAACGGCAUGAAAACUGUGGAGAAAAAAGGCGACAUGACAAAAAUUUUGGAAAUGCAGUUGUCGAUCUUGAAGGAAUUGACCGGAAUCUCUUCUUCCGCGAAGGAGAUGGUAGAAUAUCAGAGAAGGCUUAUCCUUGUGCAACAGAAGAUGCCCAUCGAACCAGAGCCAAGGAGCACAUCAAGGACGCUAUAAAUUAUCGAAGACCCAUUGGAAAGCAUUUCAACACAGACAACCAUGAGAUCUUCGAUCUCGUCAUACUUCCAAUUGAAAGAGUACAAGGCAACGAAACCAUUCAGAGGAAAGUACGAGAAGACUUCUGGAUCAAGAAACUGAGACCCUCCAUCAACAAGGCCCUCUAG